GCAAAAUUCUGCGAAGAGGAAACAAAGUCAACCGGAUCAUUCCAGCAAGUAUCAGUGAUGGCCGACAAACAGCAAGACCCAGCAGGAAUUCUCCCAGCUAAGGGGAAGGAGGGUGGAGAAGAACUUGAAGGGAAUGCAGCUGACGCGCGAGUUUUGGAAAAUCUCGGAUACGAACCCGUUUUGCACCGGACCUUCAACGUCUUCCAUAAUUUCGCGACGACGUUUGCGGCUCUCUACUUUAUUGGUGGUGUGCGAGUCACAUUUUCGACUGGAAUAGCAGCUGGAGGCAACCUUGCAUAUUGGACGAGUUUCCUGGUAACCUGUGUCUUCACUUUCAUCACGGCCGCAGUGAUUGCCGAAAUAUGCUCAUCGCUGCCUUUGGCGGGCUCCAUCUACCUGUGGGCUGCUGAAGCCGGCGGCCCGCGGUUUGGAAGGCUAUUCGGCUUCGUUGUUGCAUGGUGGAGCACUACAGCGUGGACGACGUUUUGUGCGAGCAAUACGCAAGCUGCUGUCAACUACAUGCUUUCCGAAAUUGUCGUAUUCAACGUCGACUUCCCAUCUGAUAGCUCUAGCAUCAAGUUCCGUGCCGUGCAGUGGAUCUGCACUGAGGUCAUGUUGGCUCUGGCGGCAAUUUGGAAUCUGCUGCCGCCUCGUUAUUUCAAGUGGAUUUUCUACUUGUCCACAGGCUCCGUGCUAUUGGACUUUGUUCUCAAUUUAAUUUGGCUGCCUGUGGCCGCCAGCAAAACCUACGGAUUCCGUUCGACACACGAUGCCUUCAUGACCACCUAUAAUGGCACAGGCGCACCGGCAGGCUGGAAUUGGUGUCUUUCCUAUCUUGCAACUGCGGGGAUUCUCAUUGGAUUCGAUGCUUCAGGCCAUGUUGCUGAGGAAACAAAGAAUGCCAGCGUUGCUGCUGCAAGAGGUAUCUUUUGGAGCACAAUUGCAAGUGGACUGGGAGGCUUUGUUGUGGUGAUCCUUUUUCUGUUCUGUGUGCCCGAUGCUGAGACGCUUUUCUCGUUUGGAGGCGCACAACCCUUCGUACCGCUAUAUGCAGCUAUUCUCGGAGACAGAGCGCAUAUCAUUAUGAACAUUAUUUGCAUCGUCGCUCUUUGGUUUAAUACGGCCAUUGCCGUCCUAGCUGCCUCCAGGCUCGUGUUUGCGGUGGCCAGAGACGGAGUCUUGCCAUUUUCCCCCUGGGUUUCUCGAGUUGUGGAUGGACAGCCUCGCAACGCCGUCAUCGUGGUGUGGGUGGUUGCGUCCAUAAUCACCUGUACCAUUUUGCCAUCAUCAGUCGCCUUUACUUCCCUUGUAUCUGCAGCAGGGGUUCCAUCAGCCGCAGCAUAUGGGCUCAUCUGUCUUGGGCGCCUAUUUUUGACACCAAACAGAUUCCCCAAACCUGCAUGGAGUCUUGGCCGCCUCAGCAAGCCGUUCCAAGCCAUCGCGGUCUUGUGGAACGGGUGGGUUGUGGCGGUUCUCUUUUCCCCAUACGCUUUCCCAGUCCAAGGUUCGACUUUGAACUAUGCCCCAGUCAUCAUGGCUAUUGUCACAAUCUUUGCGCUUCUUUCGUGGUGGCUCAUCCCGGCCGAAGAGUGGCUUCCCAGCCAACGAAUUCAAGCGACCCUUGAAGCCCCGGAUAUUGAUGAGAGGCCGACAAAUGCGGACCAAACAUCCACUGAUAACGAGGCAAUUAUACACUAGGUAAUCUAGCGUAUGGGGGAUUGAACAAAGGGCCGGCUCUAUUGAUCACCACACGGCUGUUUGAUGUGGGCAUACUUUUGCUAUUGAUUCCUCGUACUGCCACUACCGGAGGAUGUGUCACAGCCCUAGGCCGUGGUGCACCGAGCCUGAGGAAAUACUUGAAUUAUCAUCUGAGAUAGGUUCGUCGAACGCUACACUACACUUUUUAUAAGCGACAUGAGAUCCUCGGCAGUUAGCGGACUGGGCUUUCGACGAAGCAAGCAAGACCAUCUUUCCAUUCCUAAUCGGUAUAUUCAUAUGUAAAUAUAGAUAUUGUCACCAAGUAAGGCAGCUGCCAAUGCUGGCGAUCCAGUUUCAUAGUGUCAUGUAGUGCAGGGUCUCAGAGCAUCUUCAAACAAGUGGCUGUCGCAGUGAUGCC